AUGGCUUUGGGAGUAGGUGCUGGAUGUUGGUCAGCUCCGAAUCCAGCUCGGAUAAAACCAUUCAAAUGUUUUCAUCUAGAUUGGUCUAAAACUGGUAAUCUGAAUCAUGCACGACGAACACAUACAGCAUCCGUAUUGGCGAAUGGAAAAGUAUUAGUUACUGGUGGACUUAGUAAUCUGGAUUUUCUAAAUAGUACUGAAUUAUACGAUCCAUCAACAGAAACUUGGACAAUCACUGGUAACAUGAAUAAUGCACGUGCUGAGCACACAGCAUCUGUAUUAACAAAUGGAAAAGUGUUAGUUACUGGUGGACUUAAUAAUCAGGGUUUUCUAAAUAGUACUGAAUUAUACGAUCCAUCAACAGAAAUUUGGACAAUCAUGGGUAGCAUGAAUAAUGCACGAGCUGAACAUACAGCAUCCGUAUUGGCGAAUGGAAAAGUAUUAGUCAUUGGUGGACAUAUUAAUCAGGAUUUUCUAAAUAGUACUGAGUUAUAUGAUCCA